AAUUAAGAGGGCAGCUUAGAAAGCUUUGUAGCUUUCUAAUAAUUACCUUUGGUGGGAAAAGAAAAGACUCUUUACAGGAAGCUUUUAACUCAUGUAAGACUUAAUUUUACUUUAAAGAACAAAAUAAAAUUACUUCUUGAAGAGACUGCUGAGAGGACCUCCCUCCUUUGGCCAGAAGAGCAGAGAAGACUGUAAAUCAAGAAAAAGUUUUCCUCCUUCAGAUCUAACAAUUACAUUAAGGUUCCUCUGUCGUUUUGGAAAGACUUUAGUACUACUCAGAAAGUGUUAGAGAUUCAAAGGUUUGCCUGGGAGCGUGUGAACAUUCCUCUGCUCGGCUUUCAACUUUCCUCCAACCUGCGCUGCCCGGCCAGCAUGCCUCCCCGCCCGUGAAGCGGGGCCGCCACCGCCCCUCUGCGCCGCUAUUAGCCCGCCCUCGCUGCCACCUGGCCCUCCUGAUCGACGACACACGCACUUGAAACUUGUUCUCAGGGUGUGUGGAAUCAACUUUCCGGAAGCAACCAGCCCACCAGAGGAGGUCCUGAGAGCGAGAGGAUACGAUGCUGCGGAGGCUGGUUCAGCAGUGGAGCGUCGCGGUAUUCCUGCUGAGCUACUCGGUGCCCUCCUGCGGGCGUUCGGUGGAGGAGCUCGGCCGCCGGCUCAAAAGAGCUGUGUCUGAACAUCAGCUCCUCCAUGACAAGGGGAAGUCCAUCCAAGACUUACGGCGACGAUUCUUCCUUCACCACCUGAUCGCAGAAAUUCACACAGCUGAAAUCAGAACUACCUCGGAGGUUUCCCCCAACUCCAAGCCUGCUCCCAACACCAAGAACCACCCUGUCCGAUUUGGGUCUGAUGAUGAGGGCAGAUACCUAACUCAGGAAACCAACAAGGUAGAGCCAUACAAAGAGCAGCCACUGAAGACACCAGGCAAGAAAAAGAAAGGCAAGCCUGGGAAACGAAAGGAGCAGGAGAAGAAGAAACGGCGGACUCGAUCGGCCUGGCUAAACUCUGGCGUGGCUGGGAGUGGGCUGGAAGGGGACCACCUGUCUGACAUCUCCGCGACAUCGCUGGAGCUCAAUUUCCGGAAGCAUUGAAAUUUUUGCAAAGAACUUCAGAGGACAUAUUGCAGGAUUCUGUAAUAGUGAACAUAUGGAAAGUAUUAGAAAUAUUUAUUGUCUGUAAAUACUGUAAAUGCAUUGGAAUAAAACUGUCUCCCCCAUUGCUCUAUGAAACUGCACAUUGGUCAUUGUGAAUAUUUUUUUCCAAGGCUAAUCCAAUUAUUAUUAUCACAUUUACCAUAAUUUAUUUUGUCAACUGAUGUAUUUAUUUUGUAAAUGUAUCUUGGUGCUGCUGAAUUUCUAUAUUUUUUGUAACAUAAUGCACUUUAGAUAUACAUAUCAAGUAUGUUGAUAAAUGACACAAUAAAGUGUCUAUUUUGUGGUUGAUUUUAAUGAAUGCCUAAAUAUAAUUAUCCAAACUGAUUUUCCUCUGUGCAUGUAAAAAUAGCAGUAUUUUAAAUUUGUAAAGAAUGUCUAAUAAAAUAUAAUCUAAAUUACAUCAUGA